UCUUCACGAAUCAACGCCGGGCAUUCGAGCUAGCUGCGGUAAUCAUGCCGAGAUUCCUGUGGCGUGGAACAACGCGUGUCGAUGCUGAACGAGAGGUGGCCAUGAAGAGGAAUCGCACCUUUUCCACACCCAAGCCGGUUACGGUCAUCCACACCUCGGCCGCAGAACAUCGAUUCGACACUCUCCGGCCGGUGAAGGUCAUCCACAUCUCGGCCGCAGACCAAUUGAUUCGAGGGAUCUUGUGCGAUCAUCACGAGACAAAGCCGGGUGUUCGAACUUGCAACGGAGUUCAAAUCUGAACAUUCCAUGGCCGCGGUAAAACCGAUUCCGAAAGAAUUUGGCCGCGAAGAGGAAACGCAUCAAGUCCACACUCGGGCCGUUCUCAUUCGCAGUUCGGCCACGGGAGGAAGGUUGGCCGUGAAUAGGAACAGGAACAGAAUAGCAGUUCUGCCUUCAAAUCUGGGGCGAAGUUCCCGGAUUAACGUCGUGUGUCCAAGUUGGCUGCGGUAUUUAGGCCAGGAAACGAUCGAUCGAUGGGAAGAUUGGCCGCAAGGAGAAACCACACCCGGGUCGUUUGCGAUCAUGCGCAUUUCGGCCACGGAAGAAAUGUUGUUCGCGAACAGGAUGCCACCUCGUCCACACCCGGGCAGUUCGCGAUCAUCUCGUUCACACCCGAGCAUCCACCGGAUGCUGCUCGACGAUUGUCUCGACGGCCUUAUCGAAGAAAUCUCGGAAAUUUUCUGCGCAAUAAACAAAAAUUUGAGAAAAAUCGUUCUGUUUACGUUUAAAUUGACAUUUCUAAUUUGAAGGAACCAACUCGAUAUCUACCCCUGGGGUAAAAAUGGGUUUUGUGUAAAAUUACACGUUUUUAAGAGUACAUUCAUAGAUGUAAUUUUAAGUGAUUUUUUUCACAAAG